GCCAUCGGCGUCACCAACUACUCUGUGCGACAUCUGAAGCAGCUGAUGAAGACCUGCAAGAUAAAGCCGAUGAUCAACCAGGUGGAGUUCCACCCUAGACUUGUUCAGAAAGAGCUGCUGGAGUUCUGCCAGAAGCAUGGCAUCGUUUUGCAGGCCUAUGCCUCCUUGGGCUCCGGCGACGCGUCCCAGGCCGAGAGCUUCUUCUCCUUCCCGCCGGUGAAAGCGGCGGCCAAGGCCCAUGGCAAGACCGGGGCCCAGGUUCUGCUGCGAUGGGCCAUGCAGAAAGGCUGCCACGUUGUACCCAAGUCGGUGCGCCCAGAGCGCAUGAAGGAGAAUGCGGGCGUCUUCAACUUCAAGCUGUCUAGCGCAGAAAUGAAGGCCAUCGACGCCCUGCAUACUGGAACUCGGUAUGCUUGGAAGGGCUUGGAUCCGGACACGGUGGAGUGA